AUGGGUGUUUCAGACCACGAUGGCGUGCAGCUGAGCUCGUUCAUUUACAGCAAGACGCAGCCACACACCUGGACCCGCACCUUCAGGUUAUACCCGGAGAUCUGGUACCACCUGUGUCACACUGUACACGACGACGACGUCGACAUACACACUGUGUACUGGCAGGGAGAGAAAUUUACCAGCGGGCCAGUGGAGGGCACACCGGGACUUCCCCUCAACGGCACCCUCAUCAUUGGACAAGAACAAGAUCUUCUCGCCCGCGGCUUCGACAAAUACCAGGUGCUCCAUGGUGACUACGCUCAGCUGAACGUCUGGGACCGAGCGUUGAACACCUCUGAGGUGGCCGACCUGGCCAACUGUCGCACUCCUGGUCGAGGGAACAUCUUUAACAUGGACACGGCCAACUGGGAGGUUUUCGGUGAUGUCCAGGAGACACUUGUCGACCUCCAGUACUUCUGCAGGUCGGAACCGUUUUACGAUAUACUCCCAGAGGAACGAUCAUUCCGCCCUACACAAGAACUCUGUGAACUUCUCAACACCACUAUGCCGGUGCCUCAGUCUCACGAAGACUCCACUUCGAUUCUUCAGGAACUUGCACCAUUUCUGAACGUGUGUAGCGCGGGCAGCACGUGGAAAGUCUGGUUAGGCAUCUCAGACGAGCUUCAGGAAGGUGUUUAUCUCAACGUCAACACUGGAAGACCCAUCACUUUCCAGGACUUUUUUCCACCUUACCCCAUCGGUGGAAAACUGAACAGCUGCGUGAUCCUUAUGGAAGAUGGUACUUGGGUUGACAAUAAAUGCCAACUUCAGCGAUGUGGAGCCUGCUACUUCGAACGAGAAGACUUUCUGUAUUUACGAGGGUUGUGUUUUGAAGAAGAGAGAAGAGCACAUUUUCGAAUGAGCGGCUACUUUGCUGGGCGACCAGUGCUGCGUGGAUAUUUCAGCAUGUCUGUCAUAUGGGAUUCUUCACAAAAUCGUUGGUUAUUGUAUGAUACAGACAAAAAUUCAACGCUCGCCACAUCCGAAUCCCAAGACGUUGCUGGGUACCCACUAGGAGUAAAAACCUGGAUUGCGGCCGCGCCACUGUGCGGAACACCUGUUGGAAGCCAACUGAAUCUUAGCUUUUCCAGUUGCUCCAAAGAGCAGUACAUGUGCAAUUCGGGGUCCUGCAUCUCACACGAAAAACGCUGCAACCUUCGAUAUGACUGUAAUGAUGGGAGUGAUGAGAACGACUGUGGUGCUGUGAAAACUGGCAGUGGAUACCAGCAGCACGUGCCACCCAGAGGACCCAACGACACAAACCUUAUUGUCAUUUCCACUGUCAAUAUCACACGUAUCACCCACGUCGACAAUAUAAGAAUGACCAUUGGUGUAGAGUUUACCAUGUCACUUACCUGGAGGGAUGACAGGUUGACCUUUAGGAACCUGAAUCCACGGAUGGAGACUACUAUCACUAAAGCAGACUUGGGGCUCAUCUGGAGACCCCAGUACCAAAUUUCCCCUUUAGAAGGAGGACAGGUCAGCUUGCUUGACGACUUUGCCGAGGUCCCUUCCGCCAACAGGGCCAUCAUCCCAGACUUUAACAUCGUCAACAGAGAACUGGGAUAUCCCGGGGACAGCCAUGACAUAAUCACCACUGAGAGGUACACAGCGGUACUUACCUGUGACUUCGAUCUCUAUAUAUACCCCUUCGACAUCCAGGUGUGUAGCAUCAACGUCGACAUGCCACGGGAAUAUGAUGGCUCUGUUGAGUUUUCUAAGGAAUGUUGGAGAGCGUCUUUCACUGGGUCUGAGGAUCUCUCUCAGUACAAGGUGAAGAAUAUAGCUAUUGAUCCUCGCUCCGGAAAGGAUAAGAUGACAGUCAACUUCGAGCUCCACCGCCUCCAGGGUGUGAUCUUGCUGUCAACGUUUGUGCCGUCGGUAAUGUUGUUGAUGGUUAGCUGGGCGACGCUCUUCAUCAGGAUGGAGUUACUCAACGUAAGAGCCGUCAUGUCCCUCACCGCACUGCUGGUGCUCUACACGCUCUUCACCAACCUCUCACGCACCAUGCCCAACACAUCUGCCAUCAAACUUAUUGACGUCUGGUUCUUCUUCAUCAUUAUGCUCAUCUUUCUGAAUAUCAUGGUCCACAUAUUUAUUGAACGUAUUGCAUAUUUUCUUCCAAACGGAUUAAUCCAUGGCACUAAAUUUGGAAAUUUGGCCCAGAUUGGUUUGGACAAGACAACUGAGAAAGUAAUAUCAGUUAUAAGAUUUUAUUUUGUUCCUGCAGCUUUUUUCACCUUCAAUAUAAUAUUCUGGGCAUUAAUUUUUACAUACUAGCACACGAUCACGUCCUUUAUUAUCACAACACAAUAUGAUGCCUUUAUAAUAUUAUGAUGAGAUAAAAGUUAUAUCGUUCGGUUCCUUAUGUAAUAAUGUAAUGACAAGUUAGAUAAACAAACAUACACUGGCAUGGCGAGACAAUUAGCUCAUAUAGACACUGCUGUAGCCAAACUUAGCUCAAGUCCGACGUUAUGCCAACAACAUAGGCACUGGAAAUCAGCAGUGCCUGUUAUUCACCUACAUCCCACCAUGAUACACUUACUAUAUAUUCCAACUAAUUUUCUACUACUACUACUACUUUUUUUUUUCAUAAACGUGGCCUCCAGCCUCCCCCAAUAGCCACACCU